AGAACAGUGAGGUAGUCACGUGGUUGCAACCAUUCUGGCACUUCAGGUAGGAUGACUGUUCUCCUCCUUCUCCUCCUCUCCCUGCUAAACCACGUGACCCCACUGCACGUGUUCGUGUCGUCCCAGUCACAUGACCUCCUCCUCAAACAGACCUUCUCUCUUGUAGUUGAAGGAGACGACUGCCCCUACGACCCCUGCUACUUCACAGUCAGGAUCAACAAGGAGGUUGUAAGUUCAGGAGAAUACGAGAACAGUACUAAGAGUACAGAUAUCAAAGUCUCCACCCCAGGACACACCAACUUAGUGGUGGUGUUUUCAGAUGAUGGGACUGAGAGUCACCUAGUAUACCCCUCCACUCUAGACGGUGGACUCCCGCUCCUUUUUGUCAUUCCUGUGCUCGUCACAAAGUCAGAUUACUGUAACUACAUGGUAUUUUCUGUUGGUGGAGAGGAAGUAGAAGGUGUUUCGUUUUCUGAGGAAACAUUGGUUGAGAUUAACAUUUUCAACGGAGCAAAAGAGAAGAUAACCUCUCAGUAUUUCUACAGUGGUGUCCUCUCGCCAACAGUCCAAUUGACUAACACCACGUCCCAACUCUCCCUCCCUAUCACCAGAAACUACACGGUUGGAACCUGGACUAUCCCCCUCAACAAGAAUACCCUCCUCAGUCAGGCUGCUACAGCUCCCCGGGACUGGCACAUUAGAGUUACAUUCCCUAAAACUUAUGUCGACUCCUGCCUUAUUCAGGACGCUGUCUUCUCAGUAUCUCUGCUGAGUUCUGUUUAUAGUAAACCUGACAGUUAUUUUGAUCCGGUCACUCCCGUUUUCAACACAGACAGCCAACUCUUAUCCAGAUAUUCGCCUUGUAGCAGAAAUGUGCAAAUAGUGUUCCAGAAAAACUCUUCCUAUUUUGGGAUGUAUAAGUACGGCAAAGUGGAAUGGUUUGCAGUAGGUUUUAAAAAUCAAAGUAAAAACUCGGGAGUCGCUGGCUCAGAGCUAGUGGAGGUGGUGCUGCUGCCCACUACCGUUAUCCUGGUAACAUCACGUGGUGUACUGACUGUGGGAGAGUCAGGUGAGUGGGAACAUCUUCACCCCACCACACACGCUACUCGCACUGUUACUCGGAGCUGCCCUGCCGUGUGCACUGAUAGAACAAUCAUCACACUUAACCAAGCUGCUGCCCUGACAGCUGAGUAUCCGUAUUCAGACUGGAGACAGUACCGAUCUCCCCGGACCCAGACUGCAAGAUACUGGACACAUACCAUGAUACCAUCCGCAAUCUCACUGUAGUCUCUCAAAAAUGUGAAGACUUUGUCACCAUAAACGGCACUGGAAGUGGCCCUCCUUUCAAUAAUAGUGUUAAGUGGCCGGACAGUGUAGUAGGGGUACACUGGGACGAAGUAACCUCUGAUUUGUACCUGCACGGUUCCCAGAUCCUGCACUCCUCUUCUCGGGGAGAGUUCCUAACCACUGUACUGACCCUCAAGGAGGGGGACCUGGUCAGGGACAUGGUCUCCGGGGGUCUCUUCGGAGAUAUUGUAGCGCUGACCGACUCCGGAAGAGUGUUCAUGUCGAACGUUGGAAUAAACCGAUUUGUAGAAGUUCACAAUAUCCAGAGCAGCCCGAUCACACCACACACAUACUUCACAUUAGAUCACACUUCUCAGUUGUGCUAUCACACUCUGCGAGACUCCUCAAUCACCAGGUACAGAAUACCCAGACGAGCGUUGUAUGUGGAGGAGUCAGGAGAUAUUCAGCUCUAUAUAGAACUUAUAGGAGGGAACAAAGUCAGACUUAUUUCCUUCUCACAGAAGAACACGUUCGCCUUGGGAGAUGUUGGCAAGAUAUUCCAGCUAAAUGAAGGCAGGGGAUCUGGUAGAAUAGCUGAAGUGACCCAAGCAACUAUUUCUGACAAAAAUAGUUCUGUUGCGAUUCUUGAAGUCAUGGAACCCUUUUUCAAGCCCAAAUCUGUGCAAAACACUAUAUUCAUAGAGUCACACGGAGACGGCUUGGUUAAGAUCGGACUUGUUGGUGGUAGUCUGUGGACCACCAGACAGAUAGGCUCCUGUAUCCUUGUCCUACACUGUACUCCUUUCCUCGUGUCCGGUGUCCACAGUCCAACAUCCCUAAUUGCUACCCCUCUCUACCCGAACAAAGUGAGCGAGUGCAUGGGGUCAAUUGAGUCGGACAGAUGGUUUUCUAUCAACUUAGACCCCUAUAUGUCAACGGUUGAGGUUGAGAUUGGCGACAAGUUCGUGGUAACAGAGGUCGGUGACCAAGUAACAAUAACUGCUCCGAGCUCUCUAAGCUCUGAUUUGGAGGGGAGCAUCAUGACUGUGGAGGGAGGCAGACAGGGUAUCGUGCAGAAAGUCAGCGACCUUACUUUUGUCAUCAUAUCUAAUGACAACUUCCUGCUCAAUGAAGAAUUUGAAAGCGGUGAGAUAGUGUUCUCUAACAUUGGGUCCGGAAUGCUUGCGGAGGACAUGUUGGCACGUGACUCAAGUUGGAUCCUGUCUGAACCAGAGUGUGAGGUGGUCUUUGUGGCAGACGAUCUACAAGCUCUCUCUCACCCUGUGCCUCAACAAUCAGUACACAUAGACACGCUCAAUCAAGUUGAACUAAAAGUCAAAGUGUCAGACAAGAGAAUGUUUCCGCCAUCUUCUCCCGUCUUCAAGAUAGUGUUUGACAAUCGAGACAAGUUCCAGUUUUACUCCACCCACAAUACCACAUCUCAUCUCACUCAACUAACUAUUGGUCUAAGUCACGAGAGUACAGAGGGAGGUACCUACACCCCGGUACUGAUCACGCCGUACCUUUCCGCCAGUUUGAAGUGCGAAGUACCUUCAGUACUGUUCUCAGUCCAGCAAGCUUGUGAUCCUCAAACCAGGCUGGUCCAGAGGUAUCCUCACGUUCCGGACCAAGCUGCCUUCCUCUCCCCUCACUACAUGGCACCUCACGGAGACAACGUGAUGACGUCACUACCAGUCAACUACCGACCCCCCUCAAUCCACGGUCGAGAGAUCUCCACUUCACACAACGUCUACAAUGCGGACCCCAGUCAACCUAUUCCCAGAUCUGCGAAAGCCGUUUCUAAACACUCGUACGAAUUUAAACAGUGUAAUAACUCGGAUAGUCGGGCUGAAUGUUCUUGUUCAGACGAGUUAAAGAUAUCCGAUUUAGCAGCUCACAGUGAUUGUAGACAGAUUGUGUACAAGGUUCCAUACACCUCAAUAUUCACACCGGAGCUGCUUAUCAUGAGGUUGGGAGAGGACCCUCUACCUUUAAAUCACACUUAUCUGAUCACGGAGCUGAACGGAAGAGAAGAGUUUCAGAUUUACAAAGCUGGAGAAAACAAUUUGUCGCCUAGUUGCAACUACACCAACUGUUCUAUCGUAUUUCUGGGAUCUGAGCUGUUCCACUACCGAGUAGUUGUGAUGGAGGACACGAUCUGCAACUACUCUACUGAGUUCCUGGUGUACGUGGUGGAUGUUCCGCUCCCCAAGACCCUGCACAACACUAUCACUGUGCAUGUCGGCGCGAUAAUGUUCGUAAUAAUCCUGAUCUACUACACGUUUAGUAAAGGAGCUGAUACUGAUAGGAGCCUCAACAAGAAAGGAUCAAAAUUCAGGGACAACUCCAGUUCCUCCUCUUCUCUUCCUGAUAAAACUGCGCCUUUGAAAUAUUAACUACUUCGUUAUAACUUGAACAUCAAUAUUAUUUUCGCUGAUUAUGUUAAAAGUUGGCUAUUGAGAUAAGAGAGAUAGAAGUUAUUACAUUUAAAGUAACCAACUUGUAAUUAACACAGUCCGGGACCCCCUGGAACGGGGAAGGUUCCUCUUAUAGCCACCAUCUAAACCAACAUUGAGCUUAUGAGCUUUCACUAAUCAGCAUAUAAAAAUACAUCUGAAUUACUUUCAUACCCUCAGAGCCCUUUGAAAAGAUAUUUAAAUUCUUGGCGAGUGACUUUCACUCAGUGAAACAUUGAAAACAACAUCCGCCGCGCUGGAACCGAUCGUUCACAAAUACAUAAUAUAACAGUUGGCUACAUCAUGUCAGUUAUGUACAUCAUACAUGUUGGUACAAGUUAGUGCCAGAAUAAAUACUAGUGGGUUAAUCUGGGGCAAUUUCGUCUUCUUAACCAAUUAACUAUCCAACUCCUGACUACAUUUUCUCUUUGAGUUGCAACUACAACUGAUAUAACAGUUAAUGUACUCCACGAAACAUUUUCAAUAUCAAAUUUCUGUGUAACUCUGUUUUUCACGAACAAAAAUUUUGUGUGUAAUAAUAUGAUUAAUUUUUUGAAA